AUGUCAAGACAGUCUUUUUGUUCAGAUGUACCGCUGUCCCCAAGGGGUCCCAUGACCUUCACGCCCGCAGUCGGCUACCCCGAGGUCAACGUCGAGGCGCCUGGCUGGAUUCGCAAGAUGCGUACCGUCUUCCGUCGUCUGGACACCAAUGGACACGGCUACCUCGGUGACCAAGUGGUGCAAAACAUGGUCCACCUUUGGUAUGGCGUUAUUUGCACCAUCGGUGAGGAACACACACGCACCAACGCACAGCUAAAUGAGCCUAUGUUUAUAGAGGCCAUGAGCAAGUGCAUCAACACUACCUUCAAGGAGGAAUUCAAGACUAUCAUGGUGGACACCUUCUUCGAUCUGGUGGACACCGACCACGAUGGGUUAAUUGCGCUGAAUGAGUUUGUGGGCAUCAUUGAUGCCUGGCGAGGCAACCCCAAGGAGGCGGAACUGAUCUUCCGGCUGGUGGACAACAAUAAUGACAAGGAUAAGAAGGGCAAGAUGUCGAAGGAGCAGUUUGAGGGUGUGAUUGCGCAGUACUUUUUCAACGAGGACAUCAAGGUGCAAACUGUGAAGCUGUGGGGAGCCCUGAUAAACUAUAAACGACCCGAGGACUACCCGGAAUGUGAGUGUGGACCCACUUGGGAGGGCAAGAUGCGUACCAUGUUUCGGCGCCUGGAUAUUAAUCAGGCCGGCAAGCUGCGUUGUCACGACUUUAUCCAAAUUGGACGAAGCUUGGCAGCGAGGAAUCAUUUAGUCAAACACAAGGCGGAUGCUUUAAUGCGUUCCAUGCUGGACAUCUGGGUACACUACUUCUCGGUGGACAAAGAUACCAACCAUUUCAAUGAGCUGACAGAAAAACAGUUCAUACACAACAUGCGCGACAUGAUCAAUGGUGAUUUCAGACAUCAGAUCGAUCAGUUUGGCUGGACGUUCUUCAAGGCUGUGGAUAUUGAAGGUACCGGCUACAUCUCCAUGACAGAAUACCGAAACCUGCAGGAGGCCUGGCAUGUCGGCCGAGGCGAGGCGGAGGGAAUGUUUAAGGUGUUGGACACAGACAAGGAUGGCAAGAUUAGCAGCGAUGAGUACUUAUCAGCCUGGGUGGAAUACUUCCUUGGCGAGGACCAUAACAGUCCAUACAAGACCUUCUUCGGACCAGUCAUAUUCAAGCCAGCUCAAGGACAGUAA